UACCUGCUCAGCUGAUACAAUCUUCCGUUCUGGAGCAUCCCCGCAGGCCUCUGCUUUGUUCGAGAAACGUAUUGCAAGUGCAGCAUGUCUUCCGACGAUUCAUCGUCGAGUGUAAACAUUUUCUUCUGACAGUUCAAGAUAUAGAGAUCAAUGAGCUGCUUUAUUAUCGUUCAUUACGCGCGAACAAAGUCUAUCAAUGCGUUUGCGAUAGUCGGCCGAAUCGCGGCGAGUGUAUUUACGUGUGUGUGAGUGCACUUUUGCAUCGGGGAAUUCAACAUGCUGUCAUUUAUUAUGACGCUAAAACCGGUGUUAUGCAUUUCCGGAAUGACAUAAUUGACACCGCCGAAUAUGGCGCGGAAUUUCUCUCCCACGCGUGUCAGAAGUCGAACGAAGCGGUACCAGAAGAAGUACGGUCGUCGUAGAUGGUGAGAAACGGAGGGCAUGUCUUCCAAAGAAGAAUCAUGAGAGCUUCCUCGCCCUCCUCAUCCUCCAACACGAGUUCCGGUUCCGACGAUGGGCGCCGGUGCAUCGGAAGCAACCGGUCCCUCGAUUCGGAGGACGUCGGAACCGCUUGGCUUCUCGGUUCAACCCGUCUCUCGCGCGAGAGCUCGAGAAUCCUCGAGAGAUUCAAGAUAGACAAAUCACGACGUCGUGCGAGAUCGUGCGCGAUCGUAAUAAUCGGCUGCGUCGUAGUUGCAUUCGUCGUGAUCGGUGUCGGGGUUUAUGGCAUCUCGCAGAGAGAUGAAUCUCUCAUACCGCCCGAUCCGGAAAGCGUGCAGCCACCGUCUUGGAGCAAGUUGCGAAGUUUUAAACGCGGCGCCGUCUGCGCUGACGGAGCACCAUGUGCAGUUAUCGGCAAGAUCUCUUUCAGAUCGAUCUUGGAACGGAGUGGAUCUGCGAUGGAUGCUGCGCUUUCGGCGCUGAUAUGCAACGGGCUCGUAAACAUGCAAAGUCUAGGAUUUGGCGGUGGAUUUAUGAUGACCAUCUAUCAAAGAUCCACCCGUCGAUCUUUCGUCCUUAAUGCCAGGGAUCGCGCACCCUUGGCAGCGAAUUCUACGAUGUACAACGACAAGCCCAUGAAUGCGUCUUUUCGCGGCGCACUAGCAGUUUCCGUUCCCGGUGAACUGGCUGGUUAUUGGGAGGCUCAUCAACGAUUCGGUAAAUUGCCUUGGGCGGAUUUGUUUAAACCGAGUAUUGAACUCUGCGAGAAGGGCUAUACUUUGACACAAGCACAAUACGACGGUCUUUUGUAUAAUAAAAUAAGCGUUUAUAACGAUCCAACUCUGAGGGAAUUGUUUGUCGAUCCUGCAACUGACAAAUUUCGUAAAGUAGGAUCUGUCAUUAAACCCCGCACACUUUGCGAAACGCUGCGAAUCAUUGCUGAGAAAAAUGCGACCGAAUUUUAUAACGGCACGCUCGGACAAUAUCUCGUUGACGAUUUGCGCGAACAAGGAGGAAUCAUAACGAUGAAAGACCUUAACGAAUACAGAGUUUCAUGGGAUCAACCGAUACAGACGAAUCUCUCAGGUGGCAUAAAACUCUUUACCACAGGACUACCCGGUAGCGGACCUGUUCUCUCAUUUAUUCUUAACGUCCUCGACGAUUAUGGUUUCACUCCAGCCAGCAUAGCCGAUUUUAAUUCGACGAUUCUUACAUAUCAUAGAAUGAUAGAGACCUUCAAGUACGCGUACGCGCUAAGGACGGAUCUGGGUGACGGGGCUUUCGUCGAUAUGAGCGAAAUAACCAGAAACCUGACGUCGAACAGUUUUGCACGCGCGAUACGAAAGAGAAUAACUGACGAGAAAACGUGGCAGGAUCCGCGACACUAUGGUUCUUCCAUCCAUGCUGGUGCUGAAGAUCAUGGUACCGCUCACGUGUCGGUGCUGGGGCCAGAUGGUGAUGCUGUGUCGGUUACCAGCACUAUUAACUAUUAUUUUGGAAGCGGAAUAGUCAGUAGGAGAACCGGCAUUGUGCUGAAUAACGCCAUGGACGACUUUGGUAUUCCGUCGAAGAUCAGUUAUUUCGGUAUACCGCCCAGUCCCAACAAUUACAUCGCACCCAAGAAGCAACCAUUGUCUUCGAUGGUGCCUUCUGUUCUCAUCGAUCGAAAUGGCGAUGUCAAGAUGGUCGUGGGCGCAGCUGGUGGUACAAGAAUCACAACUGCGGUGUCUCAAGUGACUGCGAAGAUCCUUUGGAUGAAACAGACGGUCAAGGAGGCCGUGGACUCGGCGAGAGUACAUCAUCAGCUGUAUCCAUCAAAGACAGCCUAUGAAUACGGGGUUCCCAAGCAGGUGAUCGAUGGCCUGAAGCGUCUAGGACAUGUCACGAAACGUUACAGGGAACGCGGCAGCGUAGUUUGCGUCAUCCUGUACGAAAAUUCCACGAUCUUCGCGAACGCGGAUUAUCGCAAAGGCGGUGAUGUUUACGGAGUCGAUUGAUAUUUACGUGUCAUCUUCAUCGGUAUUUAGUUAUGUUUUCUACCAGUGCAAAAUUCCUCGCAAACCGGCUUUGUUUUGACGAUCGUUUCCUCGUGAUCAUUGUGAUGUAAGCAAUGUGAUCGAUCAGUAUUUGUUUAUUAAAUAUCUUCAUACCUUCCUCCUUCAUUAUUCGUCUCGGUUAUCGAUCACGUUCUUCCUUCCAAGUCAAUAUUCGUACUUUUUCGAAUUUCUACCAUAUUUCUUCGAACUAUGAUUGUGAUAUUUGGAUAUGCAAGACGCGGGCGUGACAAUGUAAAUGCACAGAGAUUAACGAGUUUUAUUAAAUUUUGGCGUCGCACGCCAAUAUAUAUAUACACACACAUUUUUAAAAUAUAUACAUGUAUAUAUUUUUUUGUAUAUUUCGUGUUUCUAGCAUAUAGCACGGCUAUACAAUCCGCUCCGCGAGACGUGAUGCUUAUUAAGCACUUCUAGCGCUUUUUAUAGAUGUAAAGCCUUGACGUCAGAGCACUGCCGCGAUUUACUUCCUAUUUUAAAUUAUUCCGUAUCAUCCGCACGAUGAGGUGUUUCACCUUCACGAUUGCACAUCUCACAAGUUAAUCUCUCACUGCGUAUGAAAUUUUUUAAUCAAUUUUUCUAUACUCUUAUCGAUUAUUUUUAUUGA